AUGGGCGAUCCUCAGUUCAACAAAUAUCCCGACCUCUCCCUCUCCCAGCACAUCUUCCACAUCACCAACCCAGCAUCCUCAAAAGGCACGAAGCAAGCGUCCCUCACAGUUCUCCAAGAUGCGAUCAAGGAGAACAACAUGGCGCCGCUGUACCGGCAUCUGGCCCACCCGUCCGAGGGCAUCAUGAACCUGUCCGGAGAGGGGACGACGGCACAUCCGAUGGGUGGACUCCGGAGGACGUCAUCGGCCGCCGCUACGCUCCUUGCCACGCGACGACCCUCGUUGGAAUAUCCGCUCGCCUGGGACGAGAGCCUGCAUGAUUCCCUAGACCAAGAGAAUAAGAAGGAGCUGGAGGCCAUCCAGAAGGAGGAGGACGAGGCGACGGAGAAGGCGGGCGAGACGGAAAUUCUGGCCGCGCGUGGGAAGCGGGCGGAGUUCUGGACAAAAGUUGGGGACAAGGAUAAAGCGGUCGCGGCCUUUGAAGAGGUCUUCGAGAAGACCAGCAUUCUCGGCACGAAAAUCGACAUCGUCCUCGCCAUCAUCCGCAUCGGUCUCUUCUUCGGCGAUAAGCUCCUGGUCAAGAAGAACAUCGAGCGGGCCGGCACGCUGGUGGAGAGCGGUGGUGACUGGGACCGACGGAAUCGACUGAAGGCGUACCAAGGCCUCCAUCUGCUGACCAUCCGCGCACAUGCCGCGGCGGCCCCGCUCCUCCUCGACAGCCUGUCAACGUUCACUAGCUACGAGCUAUGCAACUACUCGUCCCUGGUCAUCUACGCCGUGCUGGCCGGCUCCGUGUCCUUGAAACGCGUGGAUUUCAAAGCAAAGGUGUUCGACGCCCCCGAAAUCAAAGCGAUCUUGGGUGAUACGGAUGAUAGGAUGGCUGCCUUAUCUGGAACCCUGUCGUCGGGCGCAUCGACGGGAGACGAAGAUAUGACGGACGGAACCUCACAGUCCGCGACGCCAGCACCUGCCGCCGUGAACCUGACUACUCUUGGUCAGAGCCACGGCGGUCAUCAAGACGACGAGGCGGAAAUCGACUUCAAACCGCUCGCCGUCCUUGUGAACAGUCUUUACCGGGGACGCUAUCAGUCGUAUUUCAGUGCUCUGGCGUCCGUGGAAGGUCAAUUCCUCAACCAAGACCGGUACCUGUACGAGCAUCGGCACUGGUUUGUGCGAGAGAUGCGACUUCGCGGCUACCAACAACUCCUUCAGAGCUACCGCGUGGUCAGCCUGACGAGCAUGGCCAAGGAUUUCGGCGUGUCGGUGGACUAUCUUGAUCGUGACCUCUCGCACUUCAUCGCCGCCGACCGCGUCCCCUGCACCAUCGACCGCGUCAACGAGGUCAUCGAGACCAACCGACCCGACGACAAGAACAAGCAGUACAACGACGUGGUCAAGCAAGGCGAUCAGCUGAUCACGAAGCUGCAGAAGUACGGCCAGUCGGUGCGGUUACGCGGCAGUGAGCGUGGCUGA